UGCUAAGCUAUUUAAAUUCUCGUUAGCGCUACAGCAGCAACACAGCGAGCAGCAUUCGUGGAGAAGCGUUCUUGAGAAAACAUCAUCGAGAUACGUGAAAAUAUUUUUCAAAAUUGGUGUUAAUGUAUAUUACCAAUAUGUAUUCACCAUUGUCGCCGCAAGCCAGUCUCAGUUCAGAAUUAAGAAAAAUUAUAAAUGAAAGAAACAUGUUGAGUACGCGAAGCCGUAUGAAAGUUUUACAUGCUUUGAACGAGGAUAAUGAAAGGUGCGCAGAAGUAAAGGAGAAGGCACUAAAAUCACAAGCCAUUCAAGAAAUAUUAACUACAGAGGUCACCUAUUUACGACAAUUGGAAAUCUUGGUAGAGUUUUUCUUGCAGCCUAUUCUCGAAAAAAAUUUACUAAAUCAUCCGCUGUUUAUCACUCUAUUGGACAACAUAAAAACGUUGUAUAAUGUAAGCGGAGAAUUAGUAACAGGAUUAAAACAUAAUCCUGACAAUAUAGCCGAAGUAUUUCACAAGCUCGCACCAUUCUUUAAGCUGUAUUCAGUUUAUGCUUACGAUUACACACAAGUGCUAAAUCUGCUACAGAUAAGUCAAGAGAGCGAUCCUGCCUUCAAAAAGUUUGUAUGUGAUCAAGAAACAAGGCCAGAAGUAGGUAGAAAAUUACCCUCGUUGUUAAUUACACCGGUUCAGAGGGUACCACGGUAUCAAUUACUUGUUAAGGAAGUGUUACAACAUACUCCUUACAAUCACAAAGAAUAUAGACCUCUGCAGGCAUGUUUGGUCGAAAUUGAAAAGUCCGCAAGGCAUAUAAACAGUUUAGUCGCACAGAAUGAAGAGACGCAAAAAUUGUUGAAUCUCCAAAGGUGCAUUAUUACCUCGAUUAAUCUAGUUAAACCUGGUAGAAUAUUAAUCAAACAAGGACCAUUAAUGCGCGUCUCGAGACGAGGCAAUACCGCUUAUAAGCGGUACUUCGUCCUUUUAAAUGACACAUUGUUGUAUUGUAAAGGCGAGCCGGAAACUUCAUUGAGCGUGUCUUGCGUUUUACCGCUAAACAAGUGCAGUUUAACUUGCGUUCUAAGCAAGAAAUUGUUCCGUAUAACAUGUUUACACGAAACAUUCCUGCUAUACUCGGAACAGGGUGACAGCAACGAAUGGAUACAGUCUAUACAAGGUGCUAUCAAAAAGUAUACUGAAUGUAGGCAGACUUUGAGAAAGGAAAGUAGCUCGAGAAAGCCACUCAGACAUAAUAAUGUCAAUGAAUUUCCAUCGGACGAUAUACCAAAAAAAUCUACUAAAAGGAAAAGAUCUACGGAAGAUAAACAAGUUCCUUUGGAUUCCUCUAAUAUUAUUUAUUUUAAAAAGGAUAACAAGACGGAUGAAGAUGAUAUUCAACAAGAAAAUAUGUGUUUACCUUUUUGUAGCAAAACCAAGAAAUUUAAACGAAGUGAAGAUGUCAGCACCGACGAUUUUGAAAUUCAGACAGAAAGCAUAAAACCAAAAUUAUGUAAAAAAAGGCACAAACAAAGCGUACUUGCAUAUAAACAUUUAGAAAAACCAAGCGGUUAUUCUAACAAGACUUUAGAGUCAAUGGAGGACCAUAGAACAAGUUUGAGGUCAAUCACAUCGAAUGUUGGAGAACAAGCAGCAUCGCCAUUUAGGAUGAUCGCUGGAUUCUUUACAUACGUAGGAACGUCCAUAAAAGAUCUUUUUACAUUAAAAUAAGACAUCGUGCAGUGCGUCUUAUUACAUACAUACGUACAUAAAUAAAAGAGUAAUUUAUUCGUAUUAUAAUUAUAUACAAGUAUAUAUCUAAUUUGGCUUUCGGGUUAGCGCCGCAUCCUUUAUAGCUUUCCAACGGUUUCGUGAACAUUUCAGUUCUUCAAGGUGAGAGGCAACCCGAAAUUAUAUAUGAUUGUACAUUAUUAUAUUUUCUAAAUUAUAGAAAUAAAAAAAUAAAUACAUAUUAUGUCUUGAUAAAUUAGUAAUAUUAAUAAUUAACUAAUCAAUAGCUUGAUUCUUUUCGCGGCUUUCCACUCCAUGGCCAACUGACACUCGAUAAUUU